UGUAAGUGUGUGUGAGUGUGAGAGAGAAAAAAGAGAGAUCAUGGCAGCUGGAGUCUUCAUCACUUCUGCUCACCUGCUCAUCCUGGCUUUUCUGGUGUCUGCUCACUCAGAUCCUCUCCAAGUCAUUAUGGUUUCCAGGCUGAUGUUUGGGAUCUCAAACCUUCAACUCCCUCCGGAGAUUUUCUAUGGAAUUAAGGUCUGGAAACUGGCUAGGCCACUCCAGGACCUUGAUGUGCUUCUUCUUGAGCCACCCCUUUGUUGCCUUGGCCGUGUGUUUUGGGUCAUUGUCGUGCCGGAAUACCCGUCCAUGACCCAUUUUCAAUACCCUGGCUGAGGGAAGGAGGUUCACACCCAAGAUUUGACGUUUCAUGGCCCCGUCCAUCGUCACUUUGAUGCGGUGGAGCUGUUGACGGUGGGGAUGGUGUUCCUGGGGUCAUAGGCAGCAUUCCUCCUCCUCUGAACAUGGAGAGUUGAGUUGAUGCCAAAGAGCUCGAUUUUGGUCUGAUCUGACCACAACACUUUCACCCAGUUCCCAGAAUCAUUCAGAUGUUCAUUGGAAAACUUCAGAUGGGCCUGUACAUGUGCUUUCUUGGAUUUCAGGAUUUCAGUGCUUCACGGCGUAAUUCCAGCACUGAUUUGGCUCUGAUUUGUCCCCAGACUGAUUCGAACCCUUCACCGUCUCUUCCUUCCUCUGUUCACUCGCUGAGGCCUGCAGAUGUGUGUGUGCUGUCAGCACUUGGCCUGUCCACGUCACAUAGGUCUGCUGAGGUUAAGACUCUGAUCAGACUGUCAGAGCUUCUGUCCAGCUUUAAUCCAAAACUGAGCACACUGAUUCCAGCACAGAGCAGUCUGAUGGAGGAAGUGGAGGAUGUGGUUCAGUUGCUCGACCAUAAUCAGUGGAAGCUGCUGCUCCUCUUCGUGUCAGUGGACGAGCUCUGCGUCUGCUCCGGUCAGGCCUCUUCAGCCGUGGAGGAGAUGGUGUUCAGAGUGGAGAAAGCACUUGAGAAACUGCAGGACAAGUUGGAUCACACUCUGGUGCAUGUUGUGGUUUGGGGCGGUCGAGCGGACGAAAGAAUAUGUGAGUGUGAAGAGGGAGUCAGUGCAGACACACGGACAUGGCGCAGACUGGAAAGAGCCGCCAUUAUGGCUAAUAUUCAGGACAGUCUAGGUGCCCUCCUGCUGAAGCAUCAUCAAUGGACAGAGGGAGAAAACUUCACUGUGGCGCUACAGUCCAGUCCAACCUUCCUCGAUUCCUCAGAUGAUUCGGAGGAGGAAGGAGACUCUCAGACGCUCAGGCAGCUGUGGAGCAAACUGCUACACCCUCUGGUGCCUGAGGUGGAGGUGGAGGGGCAGGGCGUGGCUGUUUCCUGUCCUUCACAGGAGAAGCCGUAUCUGUUCACACAGCGUAACUCAGCCGUCCAAUCAGAGAGAGAAACAUACAGUGCAGAUAUACAGACCAAUCCUAUGGCCACCAGUUUUCCCUGCACCGUCACAAGUUCGUCUCCUUCAGUCCCCACCUCAGUUCAUUUCCUCCGACCUGCUGAUGUCAAAGUGGUGGCAGCGUUAGGAGACUCGCUCACCGCAGGAAAUGGAGUGGGGGCUGGUCAGAAUAACGUUCUGGGUGUCAUAACAGAGUAUCGUGGUCUGUCAUGGAGCAUCGGAGGAAACGGGGAUCUCUCGUCUGUGACCACUUUAGCAAACAUCUUGAGGGCGUUUAACCCUUCACUCACCGGGUUCUCCACCGGGACGGGAAAAGUCACCACAGCUCAGGCGUUCCUCAACCAGGCUGUAGCCGGAGCUGAGAGCAAAGACUUGCCCUCGCAUACCCGAGCCCUCAUCACAAGAAUGUCCAGUGACUCGCGCAUUGAUUUCCAGAACGACUGGAAGGUCAUCACGCUGUUCAUUGGAGGAAAUGAUCUGUGUGAACACUGUGCAAACCUGGAUUUAUACUCUGCUGAGAAUUUUGCAAGAAACAUCCGUGAUGCUCUGGACAUCUUACAUCGAGAGGUUCCUCGAGUUCUAGUGAACCUGGUGGAGCUUUUCAACAUCGCUCAACUGCGUCAGCUGCAUCUGGACUUUAAACUCGGCUGCCCCACCUGGCUGGUCAAGAGUAUAUGUCCCUGUGUUUUGAACCCUGCUGAAGGAUCUUCAGACCUGCAGGCUUUAAUAGAUUUGAACAGAGAGUAUCAGACGGUAACGAGGAACCUGGUGGACUCUGGCCGCUAUAACACUCGCUCCGACUUCACCGUGGUCUUACAGCCAUUUUUCAGAAACGUGUCAUUUCCCCUGCUUCCAGAUGGAAGACCUGAUCGUUCCUUCUUCGCUGGAGACUGUUUCCAUCUGAGUCAGAAAUCCCACACUCUCAUGGCUCGAGCUCUCUGGAACAACAUGUUGGAGCCGCUAAACAGUAAAACCACAUCUGUGGACUUCAACGAGGGCGUGGCUAUGAAGUGUCCUUCUGAGAGCAACCCAUAUUUUUCCACCAAUGAGAACAGCGCGUUGGAUUUUGUAGCCACCCCCAUGAUUGCGAACUGGGGUAGUGACUUCUCAUGCACACACACCGCUCCCUCAGACACCGUACCUGCCUCAGUUCACAGGUUGCGACCCGGAGACGUUAACGUUGUCGCUGCUCUCGGAGACUCCAUAACGGCCGGAUUUGGUGCUAAAGCUAAAAACCUCCUGCAGCUGCCGAAUGAGGAGAGGGGUGUGUCCUGGAGCAUCGGAGGUGAUGGGAUUCUGGAAACAGUCACUACACUACCAAACAUCCUGAAAAAGUUCAACCCAAAUGUGUUCGGCUUCUCGCGAGGACGCAGCAAGAGGCCCAAUGGCUUCAACAUGGCCGUGAGCGGAGCUAAAGCAGUUGAUAUCCCGGGCCAGGUCAGGGACUUGGUGGAGGCCUUAAAGAACAACACAAGUGUGGACUUUGAGCAGGACUGGAAGAUGGUGACUCUGUUUAUCGGUGGUAAUGAUCUGUGUCAGUACUGCCAAAACCCGGCCUCUCUUUCCCCUAAAAAGUAUAUAGGAUACAUCAAGGAGGCUAUGGACAUCCUGUAUCAUGAGGUACCAAGAGUGCUGGUAAAUUUUGUAGAGCUCCUACAGAUCGAGAACCUGCGUAAGAUAAAGUCAGACACUCCGGGAUGCACCAUCCUGCAGCCAACCCUGUGUCCGUGUUUCCUGCGUCCUGAAGAGAAUUCGGCGGAGCUGUUUGAGAUGAAGCGGAUCAAUCGGCAGAUGCAGACGGAGACAGAGAGGCUGGUGUUUGGAGGACGAUAUGAGAGCAGAGAAGACUUUGCUCUAGUUCUGCAACCUUUCUUCCAAAGCACAGUGGUUCCAAUGGGAGAGGACCGACAGCCAGACCUGAGCUUCUUCUCAGUGGACUGUUUCCACUUCACUGAACGUGGACAUGCUGAGAUAGCCAUCGCACUGUGGAACAAUAUGUUGGAGCCAGUGGGCAGCAAACAGACCUACAACAACUUCACACAUGAUCGCAGCAAGAUACACUGUCCCUCAGAGACUCAUCCCUUCAUCUUUACCCGAGUAAACAGUUUCACCUCAGAGCCUCUUGACCCAACAGAUCAUUCUCCAUCUCCCAUCAGCCCCCAGGGCUCAGUGGCAUUAUGGGUAGCUGUACUGUUGACCAUCGCUGGAGCUCUAGUGGGCGGAGUCUUGUCCUGGUUCACUCUGUCCUGCAGAGCACAGAGGAAGAGGACGAGCAGCGAGAAUCUGAGCUCUGUUAAGAUUCAGGGUUAUGAAAGCAAAUUUUAAAUUCAUUCAAUCAUUCCAGAUUCUAGUAUAAUUUAAUAAUAAUAAUAAUAAUAAUAAUAAUAAUAAUAAUAAUAAUAAUAAUAAUAAUAAUAAACACUCAUACGGUUUAUUA